GAGCCCAGCCCCCGGCUCCUCCCACUGCUCCCCUCCAGCCAUUGGCACCCCGGCGCUGGGAGCCCGCCCACUCGGAGGGGAGAGCCCCCAUUGGGCGCGGGCGCCGUCCGUCCCCUCCCGCUCCGCCCCUUUCGAACCUUACAUUUACAGUGUAGCAAAAGAGAAAGUAACUCUGUUGCAGCGGGAGAUCAAUGAAGCCGAGUGAAUGGGGGUUUAACGUGUAACUCCGUAGGCACAGACGGGCGCCGGAUGCUGAAGGGGAAUACUUAUUUUUGAAACAGAUCUUGAGUUCUUCUUGACUUGCCAAUUCUCAGCCUCCUCAUGCCUCCAUCUCCUUUAGACGACAGGGUAGUAGUGGCACUUUCAAGGCCAGUAAGACCUCAGGAUCUCAGCCUUUGUUUAGACUCUAGCUACCUUGAAUCUGCUUCUUCUGCCAGUGAGAAUCACACAAGUCUCCUUGGCACAGCUGUUGUGUCCCUAAAGGCUGCUAAUCUCACGUAUAUGCCCUCAUCCAACGGCUCUGCACGCUCCCUAAGUUGUGGAUGCAGCAGCGCCAGUUGCUGCACUGUGGCAACUUACGACAAGGACAAUCAGGCCCAAACUCAAGCAAGCACCAGCAGCACUACCAACGUAGGAACCUCUACCACCUGCCCUGCUAACCAAAUGGUCAACAACAAUGAGAACACGGGCACAGUGAGUCCAUCGGGUGGAGUGGGGAGCCCGGCCUCAGGCACAACCAAGCAACUAGCUAGCAUAAAAAUAAUCUACCCUAAUGACUUGGCUAAAAAGAUGACCAAAUGCAACAAGAGCCACCAACAGAACCAAGGGCCUGUCAUCAUUGACUGCAGGCCAUUCAUGGAGUACAAUAAGAGUCAUAUUCAAGGGGCUGUUCACAUUAACUGUUCUGACAAGAUCAGCAGGAGAAGGCUCCAGCAGGGCAAGAUCACUGUCUUGGACUUGAUCUCCUGCCGGGAAGGCAAGGACUCCUUCAAGAGGAUCUUUUCCAAAGAAAUUAUAGUUUAUGAUGAGAAUACCAAUGAGCCAAGCCGAGUAAUGCCUUCCCAGCCACUCCACGUAGUGCUGGAGUCACUCAAGCGAGAAGGCAAGGAACCUCUAGUUCUGAAAGGUGGACUCAGCAGUUUUAAACAGAACCAUGAAAACCUCUGUGAUAACUCCCUCCAACUUCAGGAAUGCCCAGAAGGCGGAGGAGGUGCAUCUGCAGUGCCGGCCACACUACCUCAGUCCAUCCCCACCACUCCAGACAUAGAGAAUGCUGAGCUGACCCCCAUCUUGCCAUUCCUCUUCCUUGGAAAUGAGCACGAUGCUCAGGACUUGGAGAAGAUGCAGAGGAUGAACAUUGGAUACGUAAUCAACGUGACCACCCACCUCCCCCUCUACCAUUAUGAGAAAGGCUUGUUCAACUACAAGCGGCUCCCUGCCACUGACAGCAACAAGCAGAAUCUCAGGCAGUACUUCGAAGAGGCUUUUGAAUUUAUUGAGGAAGCUCACCAGUGUGGAAAAGGCCUCCUUAUUCACUGCCAGGCCGGUGUGUCGCGCUCUGCCACCAUCGUCAUCGCUUACUUAAUGAAGCACACGCGGAUGACCAUGACGGAUGCUUAUAAAUUUGUCAAAGGCAAACGACCAAUCAUUUCUCCUAAUCUUAACUUUAUGGGGCAGUUACUGGAGUUUGAAGAAGAUCUAAAUAAUGGCGUUACACCACGAAUUCUCACACCAAAGCUGAUUGGGGUGGAGACUGUAGUGUGAUAGUGAAGCUAAGAAGUAGCAUAUAAUGAAGGGUUUAUCAUAUUCUUCACUUGAUAUGGGGGGAGGGGAAGGGUUGUGCUUUUAUUUUUAUUUUUCCUCGCAAACUCGGUGACAAAACCCUCCUUUUUUUGGUAAGGAAAUGUUUUUAAAACAAAUCCAAGAACUUCACUACGUUUGAUGGAAUGCCACUGAAAUUCCCUUCCUAGAAACUGACAAAGCAGGGAGGCUUCCAAACAAAAUGAGUAAUUUUUAAAAGCAACACAAGGGGGGGGGAAACCUGUGCUUCUUUGUUUAUUUUAUUAUUUUUUUUAGCCACUGGUAGAGUUUAUGGCUAAGUAGUCUGUGCAGGUUCAUAGACCGAAGAAAACGAUGUUUAAAACAACACACAAACAGCCAAAACAAAGCAGAAAAGACUUUCGGAAGCGUAUGGGCCUUGAUUCUGCAAAGGCUUUGCUAAAGAUAAAGCAAAAUGCUCACUGGUGCAAAAGAAAUCAGAGCAGCUUAGAACGUCUGCAAGGCACUUUUCACACUCCUGAUAGAAACUAAAGAGAAAAAAACAUUUAUUUGGUGUGUUUCAUGUUCUGGUUCUAUUUUUCUAUUUUUGGGUGUAAAGAGGUUUUAACAGCAAGGGACUUUGACCAUUCUAUGCCAUAUGCCUUCACUGGCUUCUUGUGCAAUAAUAAUAAUUUGGGGUUUAUUUUGAGUGUGCAAACUGAUUACAGCUGACUGCCCAAUAAUAAUAAAAAAAUAAUUUUUAAAGUGUGACAGCAGCCGGCUUGGUUUAGAAGGAAUAAACAAAAGCAAUUAUAUUUUUCCUUUUUAUUUGUUUCCUUUGAUUCUGGUUACAGUGCCAUAAACCUUGUUACAUAUGUAUAUCAGAAUGUAAAAAAUUAAGAACAAGCAAAAUUUAUUUAAGAUAUUUUUCGCACAAAAUAUUGGUGUGUUUCUGUCCUAUGUAAAAAAAAAAUUUGAUUAUAAAAAUGAAAAAUUCUU